AUGAACUUCAUCGUAGAUGAAGACAUUAAGCUAGUGUCAGUGUGGCUCAAUGUUAGCUUAGAUGUCGUGACAUUGACGGACCAAAAACACACAACAUUUUGGGAUAGAAUUUGGUCCACCUUCCACAAUGACAAGAAAUUUAACCGCACCAAGGUUUCUUUAAACAAUCGGUGGUCAACAAUUCAAAGGGAGACCAACAAGUUUUGUGGAUACUUGGCCCAAAUUGAGAACCGGAAUGAAAGUGGUAGAACUGAGCAUGACAAGAUUAAUGAUGCAAAAGCUAUGUAUCAAAGUAAUAGCAAAAAUGCAUUUCAAUUGGAACAUUGUUGGAGAAUUUCAAGUAAUGAAGCUAAGUGGUUGAUUCUAAGAGAUAAUUUGAAGGUCCGCACAAGACAACCAGCCACACAAUCUCGUCAUACGUUUGCAAGCUCAAUAAAUCUAGAUGAAGAUAAUGAUGAGACGAACUUCGGCGAAACCUUGGAGAGACCCAUAGGCAAGAAGGCCGAAAAGGAGAAAUUAAAGAAAAGAAAGAAUUGUGAUGAAGUGGUCCCAAUAAUUUCCUCCCAAUUGGACGAAAUCAAGGAAGAAAAGAGGAGAAUGCAUGAGGAGAAAAAGGAAAGUAUGCACAUUGCAUUAGAAUAA